CCUGUACGUAUUUAUCCAGGCGUCAGACUUUGUCCAUUAGAUAGCGAGAUCCAUUUACACCAAUACCAUUUUCAGUUUGCCUGAUAUGAAUACACAUUCAACCGCAUCCGGCGUAUCCUGACAGUGAAAUGCGAUGCUGACUGUAAAACUCGAUCCGGGCAGAACGCCUUUCUAUCACGUUCGUGCAUUGAAUCAAAAACCAAUUCCCCAACGUUCCGAAUAAGCGGUUCAUUUACGCGUGAUAAUAUCCUAAUAACUGACAAAUCGAAUUCCUUGCUUCAUUUUGUUUACAGAUAAAUUUCACUGGUAUAACUGCACUCCGUACCUUCCAAACUCCAGAUGCAAGAACAUGUAACAAACACGACAAUUUCUAAAAAGAUCAUUUAGAAUCUCGCUUCUAAUACCAGACCUUUGUAACCAUCUAAGAAGGCCGAGAUGUCGUCUAAUACGUAAUAAAUCUCUGAGUAUUGAUAAGGGCUGAAAGGUCCACGGUUUAUCGGAAUUCACGGCUGAUAACAAGGCUCGCCUCCAAACCGAGGAGUCGGAGACCCGACUCUUUUCGGUUUUGUAAGACUCGUAGUCCGGGUUUAAAUAGCCCAGACAGAAUAAUCGUGUCUAGGUUUCCGCUAUCGCAUACGAGUGUUGCGCAGCAAUGAAAUUAUUUCCAACACAGAUUCGCCGCUGGCUAAUUCAACUUCGGCGACGUCUUGUGGUGGAGGACGAUAACACCGGUCACGUAUUGUCCCCGAGUCUUUCCCGACGAGUCGAACUUUGUACCUGUUAACUGUUGAGCGACCGCAACGCUGGAAAGGAUCGCCCCGGUCUGUUCUCUGAUUAGCUCAUUCAAAUUCUAUCCGUUGUCGCGCAUGCUCGUUCCAUCUUAUAAACGUACAGAGUGCCGAGCCCCUCGUAUUCUCCGUGCUGUCGUGAUACUGUUCACGUGUUCCUCGUUAAAGCGUAUCGCAUUACCACUUUUACGAUGGCGUCCGAGACGGUUCAGCUACCUCAAAUGGAAUUGUUCAACCGAGUUUUGGGGCUGCCAAUGGUCGAGUUUGCGCUGACCAAGUCGGCGUCGACGUACUCUCGAGUUAAGGAUUCUAACCAGCUGUUGUAUUGGGCACUAUCGAGUGCCGAGGCGUCGCUGUGCAACGCGACGACCCAGGCGGUGCCGAUUGCAGCACCGAUCGCGAAAAGGCUUGAGAAUUCGAUUCACCUGGUUGACCAGACGCUGUGCAAAGGACUUGACAAGAUCGAAGAGAAGGUUCCAAUUGUAAAGGAGAAGCCCGAACUGAUCCUCGAAUCCGCUGUCGGACUCGCGAAGAGGACCGUCCAGCCAGCAGUCUCUGGGAUUUCAUACGUCAACGACGUCUUGUCGGCCCAAGCGGUGAGCCUGAAGACCUUAAGCUGGAACAAGGCGAACGACAUUCUUGGGACUCAGAUUGGGACAGUGGCGCUUCAGGGAUUUGAUAGCACCGCUGCGGUUGCCGACAAGUUGAUCGACCAUUAUUUUCCGGCUUCCGGAGAGGAGGAGGAUACAGUUCCGGUUUCGUUGGAAGAGGAUAAAUUACUGCAUACUGUACAGACUGUCGGGCGUCUAUCCAACAAGGCUGCUCGUCGGGUUUACUUGAGUAUCAGCCAGCGCCUCAAAACUCUAGGCACCGACGAUUUGAGGGAGUACGUGAGUCAGAUUGUCACUAUUCUGCAUCUGACUCAGUACCUCCACGCCAUUAAUGACAAAGUCCAGGCGAUGACGGGACCAAAAGAGGGAGAGAAGAAGACUGCAUCUCGGAAAUCCUUAUAAUUGAUAUUUAUUUUUAAAUUUCAUUUACAUUUAUUUUUCCUUGGCCAAUGAUUACAAUUUGAAUGAAAUUUCUUAGAGCGAUGUUUUCUGUUCAUGUAAUAUUUUCACAUCGACUAAUGUAGAAUAUGAAUGUGACAUUUGUCUCGUUGUUACUGUUACUCUACGAUUAUAUUUCAUACAUUACAUUUCACAUGAA